CCCUCAGGCGAGCCCGCCUUCCCCCCGCCACCUCCCGCCCAGCAACGGCGGGGCGGGGCGGGGCGGGGCGGGCCGAGGCCCCGCCUUCCCCAACGGCCGCCCCGGCUGAGGGCAGCGCGGCCGGGCCGCGCUUUAUAACGGGCGGGGCGGCGGCGGGACGCGGCGGUGAGUGGGGCGGCAGCAGCGGUAACUCCUGGUCCCUCAGGUCGCAGCGGGGUCAUCUUUCGUCUCGCCCGCCGCGUAAAGAAGAAUUGAUAAUGUCAGCGCUAAACUGGAAGCCCUUUAUUUAUGGAGGUUUAGCAUCAAUCACCGCAGAAUGUGGUACUUUCCCCAUUGAUCUGACCAAAACACGUCUGCAGGUUCAAGGUCAAGUUAAUGAUGCCAAAUAUAAAGAGAUCCGCUACCGUGGAAUGAUGCAUGCACUAGUUAGAAUAUGCAGAGAAGAAGGAUUGAAAGCUUUAUACUCUGGGAUUGCACCAGCAAUGUUACGUCAAGCUUCAUACGGAACUAUAAAAAUAGGCACUUACCAGAGCUUAAAAAGAAUGUUUGUUGAGCAUCCAGAGGAUGAAACCCUGAUGAUAAAUGUUCUAUGUGGCAUUCUUUCGGGAGUAAUCUCAUCGUCUAUUGCCAACCCUACAGAUGUCUUAAAGAUCAGAAUGCAAGCCCAAGGUAGCGUGAUUCAAGGAGGAAUGAUGGGCAACUUCAUACAGAUCUACCAAAAGGAAGGUGCUAAAGGAUUAUGGAAGGGAGUAUCACUGACAGCACAGAGAGCUGCUAUUGUUGUUGGAGUGGAACUGCCAGUGUAUGACCUUACCAAGAAGCACAUAAUUAUGUCUGGAUUUAUGGGAGAUACAGUAUAUACUCACUUCCUCUCAAGUUUUACUUGUGGGUUAGCUGGAGCUCUUGCCUCCAACCCAGUUGAUGUUGUAAGAACACGCAUGAUGAAUCAGAGAAGCCAACAGCAUGGAGGACACUCAAACUACAAGGGUACUUUGGAUUGCUUGUUACAAACAUGGAAGAAUGAAGGCUUUUUUGCUCUAUAUAAAGGGUUUUGGCCAAACUGGUUAAGACUUGGUCCUUGGAAUAUCAUUUUCUUUCUUACAUACGAACAGCUGAAGAAACUAGACUGACAUGCUGAACUGUAUACUGAAUUCUGUUCACGUACUGUUUGAGUUUAGAGCAACUUGUAAAUUUUCCUGGGUACCUGGUCUUUGUCUGAGAUGCCGGCCAGAGGAGGAGGGCAUGACAAGACUGUUGUGCAUGAGAACAACCUGGAAGUGAUUUCAAGGCAAACAGGCUCCUGUAGUGAUGGCUUGCUCACGUGAUUCCGUGGACGAUCUGCCCUGUUUUCUAGACUGAAUCAAACAUGGCGGAAUACCUUCUGUCAACUGUUUUAAGUGUUCUUGAAUGUGAAGAGGUGCAAUGCAACUUGAUGCUGUUGAGACUCAGAUGCACAGUGUUUAUAGGUGUAAGAGGCAAAGAACAACCUUUCUGUAAAGGAAGAUAAGUAGUACCAAGGAGCUGGGUGUUUCCUGUUUUCAGAAUUUGACUGUAAUAGUUUAUAGUUUCUAAUUAACUGGAAGUGUCACAAGGCAUCUUUGCAGGCUUUCAGUUCAGCAAAAUACCUGCUGCAAUACAAAAAUCUUCUGGUUUUAAAGCUUUUCAGUGUUCCAGGUCCUUAGAUGUCUGCAUAAUUUGCUGGGAAUUACCCAGCCUCAUUUGAAGUGUGGUUACUACAGUUCUCGGUUCUGCAUAGCUGGAGGAAAGCUUUUUUUCCCCAGUUUUCAGUGUGAUUCUUCAACAUAUUCAUAUGUAAAUUGCAAGUAGGACUGAAGUUCAAACAAGUCCAUACUCAUCUGCCUAUCUUGCAGAGAAACUUGCCAUCCUGCUUCUGUUGUUGGGAAGAACUGCUUGUAAGGGUUACUGGCUGUUAUGUAUCAUCUGAAAGAUGUGACUUUUAUGCUGAGCAGUUCAGGCUGUCAUGUAGGUGCCUGUGUGAAAAGAACCAAACACCUCCAAAGGUAAGCCUACUAUAAAGACUGCUUUCCUUCUUUAAAAAGACACUCAAGCCCAGAACUACUGAGCGCUUUCAUACAGCAAAUAGGCCCAGGUUGCUAUUACAUGCAAGUAAGCACUUUAUGUAGAAAUCCACCACAGCUUCCUUACACAUUUAAGCCAAAAGGUAAUGCUUUAUCAAAACUUCAGGGCCAUUAACUAAACAGUUACGUCAAGGUUCUGACAAAUGUUGCUGUGGAAUUCCAGGAGAGGAAAUGUGAGAGUUGCAGGUCGUACGGUGGUCUUCUGUGUUCACAGAGGGUAGCAAAGCAGGAUGCAUAGCUUUGCGUUUUUGUGGCAUUGUGUUAAUCUCAAACAUUUUUGGUUAAUUGUACAUUCCACUUAAAGACGUUUCAUCGUGAUUUCAAAAUUACUAUAAUCACUUAAAAUUACUGAUUUUGAAUUCACAAAUGGAUUUUUAAAUGCACGAAGCACUUUCUUUCCCAUAUACAUAGGAAAAACAUUGUGCCUUUUAUGCAAUGUUUUUCCUUACAGCUGUUUCUAUGCUUUAGUAGAAAUAUUUGUAAAUAUUUUUGUAAACUAAGUAUGUUUUACA